UAUUGCCAAUGAAGAAGCCACUUGUUGAACAAUAAUCAAUUGAAAAAUAUUUAUUAAUUAAUAAUAAUAUUUUAUUUAUUAUUUAAUAUUGUUAUAUUUAUUUGGGAAACUAUGUCAGAAACACAAUCCGUCUCACAGGGAUGUUUUGCUUUUCGGCCCAAAGCUUUGAACGGGAAGAAGAAAGUAUUGCUUCCAGACCCCUUGAACAUUUUUUCAAAACAAUUAUGGCACAAUUCUUAUAAAAGGAUAUGGGAAAGUAUCGAAAAGAAAAUUGAGAACAUUGAUGAUAGUGUCACAGAGUCCCUUUUGAAAGAUUUGGUCAAUUUUAUUUCUGACGCUCCCCCUUCACAGCAAAUCCCGACAGCUGCUAUUCUUACAGGUAUCAAUUUGCCGGACCACAACUUGCUUUUUGGCCGGUUGGAGCAGAAGUUGAAGGCCGAAGGGGUCGCCAGAAGCGUAGCUACUCUUAGGUCUGCCGAUUGCGUUUCGGUUCGGCACACGGUUGAAAGAGCCGUCGGACAGCUCAUAUCCUGCCCUGAACAGAUUGAAGAGACAGUGGAUAGCAGCGAUGAGGAAGAAAAUGUAAAAUUGAAGAGGUAUCAAUGCACUCUACCUAGACUUGUCGAAUGGUAUACAAACCCAAACUCUAGAAGCCCUCCGAAAAAAGUUAAAACAUCCGAAAAGAAACUAAUAAUCAUCAUUAAAGAUUUUGAAACGUUUUCUGAUAGAAUUUUACAUGAUUUUAUUCAAAUUUUAAGUGGUUAUCGAGAUCGUCUACCUAUUAUUUUAAUCUUUGGAAUUGCAACCACAAUAACAGCACUUUCAGAUAUCUUGAACCAUAAAACCACUUCAAGACUUCUGUUAAAAACUUUUCAGUCACAACCAUCUGUCUAUUUCCUUAACAACACAUUGAAUAAAAUUUUCCUGACUCCGGAAUGUCCUUUUCAGUUGAGUAGGAAGUUAUUACAGUUCUUCACAAAUGUCUUCCUUUUCUAUGAUUUCUCAGUCAAUCGUUUUAUCCAGGCCAUUAAGUACUGCCUCAUGGAACAUUUCCGCGAAGGCCAACAGACCAUCGGCUUACUAUGUACGACCGAGGAGAACAUCAACGAUGCUGUCGGAAUGCUCAAACAUGAUGACCUCGAAUGGAUAAGAAAUCUGGAGUCUUUUAAAAACUACGUGAAAACAGAAGCUGAUGAGCAGAUGACGAAAAACGAUGAGCACACAAGGUUGGAAGUGUUGAGGCUGAUGCUUGGACUCAAAACAUCCAUAAAAGAGUUCUAUGUAGGAUUGAACCUUCUGCACAUCCUCGUAUCUAACUUGCCUCAAGCGCCAUUGGGAAAACAUUUUAGAGAGAUAUACUGUACAGCUUUAAAUAAGGAUAUUACAAAAUUACCAGAAUAUAAGGAAUGCAGGCAACUCCUAGGGUUUUUGUCUAAAGAGAAAUUAAUUGACAAAUUGGAAAAGUUACUGAUGUAUUUAAGCAAUGAUUCAAUUAUUGAAUGGAAUCUUGAAAUCGCUGAAAAGAUUGUAGAUUUCAAAGAAAAACUUGAAUCGCUAGAUACAAAGCCAGUUACCAAGAGUCCAUCUAAAAGUCCAAAAAAAAUUAUUAACAUGAACAUCAAAAGCCGUGCUGAACUUAGACAGAGAGUGUUCGAGAUGGGUGGAGACAAAUCGCAGUUUGAUAAAAUAAGGAGUGAAAUUCUGGAUGAAUUAAUGGGCCAUGUGAUCCCAAAGGCAAUAAAACCCUUUACUUCUAAACCUUUGUGGGAGGUGGUAACACUAGUUGAAUCCGAUGCGAGGUACCGUGUAGUUCCAAGAGUACGAGCUCCGAUUCACACCGCCCUCAACAACCCAGCCAACUAUCUUCUUUGUGAUUGCUGUAAGCUGAAGUAUCCAGGUGAGAUUUUACCAACAAUGCCGGAUAUCUGUAUUGUUUAUAAACUGCACUUGGAAAGUGGGAACUUGAUUAAUAUGUACGAUUGGCUGCAGUCUUUUAAUAUAAUAGUGAAUCCUGGGAAAGAUGACACUGAUAUUGAUCCCAAAGUUCAAGCGAGAUUCACCCAAGCUGUGUCAGAACUGGAAUACAUGGGCUUCAUAAAAUCAUCGAAAAAGAAGAUGGAUCACAUGCAACGAUUAACUUGGGGAGGACAAUCUAAAGUUUAGGAAUAUGAUAGAAUCAAGAAUAAGGACAGAGGACAAUUAACCGCUUCCAGUUCUAUGAUGCUUUUUUUUGCUGACCAUCAUAUGUUACAAGAGAAUUACAAAGUACAGAACAAGGCUUAAGGACAAUCAACAUCUGGUUAGUA